AGUUUAGUCGGUUGUUAGCUUUGGUGGGUAUACGCCAAAAGGUGUUUUUUCGUUCCUUUCUAAAUGAAUUUUUGUGUACUUAAAAUGUUUGGUUAAGAUUUUAUUUGUUGUAUUAUUAAGUUAACUGUUUGCCAUGCCUCAACAAAUGGAUAUUCCUUCCCAGCACUGUUUAGCUAGAGCCCUAUAUGACAACGUUCCUGAUACACCUGACGAGCUCCAAUUUCGGAAAGGUGACACAUUAAUUGUCCUCGAGCAGAAUACGGCGAACAUCGAAGGGUGGUGGCUUUGUUCGUUACGAGGGAAACAGGGAAUCUGCCCCGCAAAUAGAUUAAGGUUAAUACCCGGUGUCUAUGAAGAUACCGGGCAGAUUACUAGGGGCGUCUCUCCUCACCAAUUUUCCGAACAAGGCGAUUUCAAUUCUCUACAAAGACAAGGAAAAAGACGAAGCUGGCACGUUCUACCAAAUCAGGUCAUAACGCCUAAAAAAUUCAACGAUGUCUACUUAUACGACAUGCCGCCUUCGAGAUGUUCGCCGGUGUCAUCGGGUGUGAGUCCGGGCUUAAAUACCCGGGAUCAGACCAACGACUGUUACGACGUCCCUCCCCGCGCUAUCCCCGUAGGUAAUGAAAAUUUUAGGAAUUGUCCUAGAUGUUCUCCCGCCCCUUCUUGCGCCUCACCGAUUAGUAGAGAUUCAGGUGAAACGUAUGACAUUCCGCGACAACAUUUAGGAGUACCGAAUCAACUGACCCCUUCCAGUUCAGCAAGUUCCUUAACGGCGGAUUCGUUGAGUUCAUCAAACCGCAGCAGUCUGGCGAAUAUGCCCGAUUACGACGUCCCGAAGCCCCAUAACCGAGGACCCCAACUAGUGUUACAGACAACGUCCAAUUACGACGUUCCCUCGCAAAUUUCCAAAGAACUACCGUUGGAAUUGAAUUCUGCUCUCGAAAAUCUCGAGAGAUUACAGACUGAUACAACGAGCGCAAUAUCGAAACUUCUAGGAUUCGUCGGACCACAAUGGAGGACAAAAGAAAAAUUAGAACAAACCAUAAUGGAAAUCAAAUUAUCCGUUACCAGAUUACGGACGUCCCUACACGAUUUGGCGGAUUUCGGCGAAGGUACACUCGGAAACGCCGCUAGGGCUUCCGAUAAAAAUUUAGCCGGGAAAUUGACGCCUCUAGUAUCGGCCAUAAGGAUAUCGAACGCCCUCGUCCAAAAAGCCGCCGACGAAUUGAAUACGCACAAUUGGUCGAUAGAUCUAUUAGCCAGACCGGAAGAGGAAGACACCGUCAAAAAACCGGACGAAUUAGAGCAAUUGGUCGCUUGUUCGCGCGCUCUGACCGAAGACAUACGACAAAUCGCGUCUUUCAUACAAGGCAACGGUCUGUUGUUAUUCAAAAAAGAUCCGACCAACGAUUGGAACGAAGAAUACGAUUACGUUAGUUUGGAUUCCAAAGAAAACGUAUCGAAAAAUCACGCCGAUAUAAUGAAAACCCUACCGAAAAAUUUACGAAAAGGUUACGAUAAUUGCGUCAAACACGCCGACGACGUCGCCUUCGACGUCGAUCCCAAAACCGCCGUCGGUCUAGAUCCGGACGAUAAGCAAUUAUUGACGUUUUACGCCGCUCAAGUCGUCAAUCAUCACGAAAAUUUGACGCACGCCAUCGACGCUUUUCUACGUACCGUCGAACACAAUCAACCGCCGAAGAUAUUUUUGGCUCACGGAAAAUUCGUCGUAUUGAGCGCUCACAAAUUGGUCCUUAUCGGCGAUACCGUUCACAGGAAUAUAACGUGUAGGGAAAUUAAAGAGAGAUCUUUGAGUUGUUCCAACGCUCUAUCGGACGCAUUGGCUACUAGCGUCAAUAAAACUAAACAGGCGGCGUUGCAAUUUCCUUCGGUUAAUGCCGUUCAAGAGAUGGUCGAUUCCGUUGUCGAUAUUUCACAUUCGGCUAAAGAUUUAAAAGUUUGUUUGGUACAAGCUGCAGUUUCGUUUUAAAAUGUUCGGUUUUUGGUUUUGUUUUUUAUAUUUUUUGUCGGCAGAGUAUGUUGUUUAUCGAAAAGUUUUUUUUUCAAAUUUUUGACUACCGGAUUCGUGGAAAUGGAAUGGAAAUCGAAUGGAAAUAGAUAGAUAGCGAUAAGAAGAAAGAGUGGUACCAACAUUUUAAUGGAAACCGAAAGAAAGUUGACAUGGGACGUAACCCGGAUGGGUAGAAGAAGAAAAACAGUGAGGACAAGCCAGAGAUGAAGGAAAAUGGAAGAAAUAUACAUCCAGAGACGAGGAUGGGACUAAUGUAUCCAUGGAGAUGAAAAGAAUCUGACACAUAUCUAUAGAUGUCAAAAGAAACUAACGUGGAUGACAUCCCGGAUAGGUAGAAACGGAAAAACAGCGAAAACAAGCCAAAGAAUAAAAGAAUAUAUCAGAAAUUUACGUCAGGAGAGGAGGAAUGACACAACCUAAAUGAAUAGAAGUAGAAAAUGAGUGAGAACAAGCCAGAGAUGAUAGAAAAUAGACGAAAUUUACAUCCAACGAGGAGAAAAAUACUAGUAUUUCAAUGGACACCAGAAGAAUCUGUCGUAUUUCAAUGGAGACUACAAGAAAUUGUCAUAUUUAAAUGGACAUCAAAAUAAACUGUCGUGGAUCAUUUCUUAGAUGGAAAGAAGCAGAAUAUCAUACCAAAUGUUCAAUGGGUACCAAAAGAAACUGACGUGGAUCACUUUCUAGAUGGAUAGAAGAACAAAAACAGUGAAAACAAACCAGCUAUGAUCGAAAACGGACGAAAUAUACAUCCAAAGAGGAGAAAAAUACCAAUAUUUCAAUGGAUAUUAGGAGAAACUGUCAUAUUUCAAUGGAUAUCAACAAAAACUGACGUGCAUAACUUCCAAGAUGGAUAGAAGAAGAAAAACAGUGAAAAGAUGUCGAAGAUAAACGGAAAUAGAGGAAAUGAGAGAGAAAUGAACGAAAAUGGACUAAAUUAAUAUUCGAGAUGAUGGACAGUACCAACCUUUAAUUGCAAUUUGGAGAAAACUGACAUAUUCCAAUGGAGACCGAAAGAAACUGCCGUGGAUCAUUUCUUAGAUGGAUAGAAGCAAAAAAUCCGUGAACAAACCAGAGAUUAUCGAAAAUGGACGAAAUUUACAUUCAAAGAGGAGAAAAGUACCAAUAUUUCAAUGGACACCAGAAGAAACUGUCAUAUUUCAAUAGAGACUACAAGAAAUUUUCACAUUUCAAUGGAGAUAAAAAAUGACGUGCAUAACUUCCAAGAUGGAUAGAAGAAGGAAAAGAGUGAAAAGAUGUCAUAGAUAAACGGAAAUAGAGGAAAUGAGAGAGAAAUGAACGAAAAUGGACUAAAUUAAUAUUCGAGAUGAUGGACAGUACCAACCUUUAAUUGAAAUUUGGAGAAAACUGACAUAUUCCACUGGAGAAAAAAAGAAACUGGCGUGGACCACUUCCUAGUUGGAUAGAAGCAGAAAAUCAGUGAAAACAAGCCAGAUAUGAUCGAAAACGGACGAAAUAUCAUCUAAAGAGGAGAAAAGUACCAAUAUUUCAAUGAACACCAGAAGAAACUAUCACAUUUCAAUGGAACCGAAAAAAACUGACAUUAGACACAACCUAGAUGUAUAGAAGAACAAAAACAGUGAAAAUAAAUCAAAGAUGAUCGAAAAUAGACGAAACUUACAUCCAAAUAGGAUGUAAGGUUCGUUCCAAUACCAAUAUUUCAAUGGAGAUUACAAAAAAUUGUAAUAUUGCAAAAGAAACUGACGUGCAUAACGUCCAAGAUGGAUAUAAGAAGAAAAAGAGUGAGGAGAUGACAAAGAUAACCGAAAAUGGAGGAAAUGUCGUGGAUCACAACCUA